GGGCUUGGAAAGGCCCGGUUCAUCUCAUUCCGGAUGCAGAAUUUGCGGAAAGAAAUUGAUUUUGGCCGGUUUGAGCAGGUGAUUGCAUUUUGAUUUGCGAGUCACGUACUUCUAUGCAAGCUUUCUCCUUGACUUCCACAUCCUGAAAUGAGGCCGGCGCCAGCCACACUAAGCGUUACUCCAGGAAAUCACAAGCAAAUCUACUCACCUUCUAUCCAUCUCUGUUGAAUUUUCUAUUCAUUUUCUGACCUAUAUUUUUGCAGCGACAUGGAUUCAGAAUCUGCUGACUCAGUUUCCCAACAUUCUGCUAAGGCUUCUGAUGUCGAAGAUUCUGCUAAAGUUUCUGAGGAAGCUGCUAAAAACGAACCUCCAGCAGAAGCUUCUAAUGUCGAAGCUGCUCAUGAAGUUUCUAAUGUGGAAGCUACUCAUGAAGCUUCUAAUGUGGAAGCUCCUCAUCAAGCUUCUAAUGUUGAACCGGCUUACAUCCGUGUUAAUGAGCUUAACCCAAGUGCACAGGAAUCUCAACCGUCUAAUUUGUCUGCUGCUUCCAGCCUAUCAUUGAGGGCUAAAUCUGUGAAACUUCCGCAGCCUAUUCCACCACAAGAAAGCCCAGAUUUGGGAAAUGCAGGGAUGUCGAAAUUUGCACGUUUCACUAGUGAACUUGGAUUGCGUUUAACCUCAAUCACUCCUGUACAGGAUAGGAGUGUUGAAGGCACCUCAACAACAUCGCCAGCUAGUAUGCUUGGUUCAUUUACAAAAGGUCUACUUGACUCAUCUAAGAAUGCAGUCAAGGCUGUGCAGGUCAAGGCACGUCACAUUGUAUCUCAAAACAAACGAAGAUAUCAGGAAGGAGGAUUUGAUUUGGAUAUGACUUACAUUACUGAAAAUAUAAUUGCAAUGGGGUUCCCUGCUGGUGAUAUAAGCUCAGGCUUUUUUGGAUAUUUUGAGGGCUUCUAUAGAAAUCACAUGGAAGAAGUCAUCCGGUUUUUUGAAACUCAUCACAAGGGAAAAUAUAAGGUGUAUAAUCUUUGUUCUGAGAGAUUGUAUGAUGCAUCACUAUUUGAGGGGAAGGUUGCAUGCUUCCCUUUUGAUGACCAUAACUGCCCUCCUAUUCAACUUAUAUCAUCAUUUUGUCAAAGCGCAUACUCAUGGUUGAAAGAAGACAUUUUAAAUGUGGUCGUUGUUCACUGUAAAGCUGGCAUGGCUAGAACAGGAUUAAUGAUUUGUAGCCUUCUUUUAGUCCUUAAGUUCUUCCCAACAGCUGAGGAGGCCAUUGAUUAUUACAACCAGAAAAGAUGUGUAGAUGGGAAAGCUCUAGUUCUCCCAAGUCAGAUUAGGUAUGUCAAAUACUUUGAACGGAUCUUAACAUAUUUUAAUGGAGAAAUUCAGCCUGGGCGCAGGUGCAUGCUUAGAGGAUUUCGGCUUCAUCAAUGCCCUUAUUGGAUUAGACCCUCUAUUACAAUCUCUAAUCACAGUGGAAUUCUGUUCUCAACAAGAAAGCAUUCAAAAACUAAGGAUUUAAUGCCAGAAGAUUUCUGGAUUAAAGCACCAAAGAAAGGGAUUGUGGUCUUUGCUUUGCCAGGGGAGCCUGGGCUGGCAGAAUUGGUAGGGGAUUUUAAAAUUCAGUUUAACGACCGUCAUGGAGACUUCUACUGUUGGUUAAAUACAACAAUGACUGAGAACAGAAAAAUAUUGGAUGCGUCUGAAUUCGAUGGUUUUGACAAGAGAAACUUGCCUUCUCCUGGAUUCCAGGUCGAGAUCGUGAUGAUAGACUAUGAUGGUACUUUACCUUCAAGAUCUAAACCCGAUUCUUCCAGCAAGAGAUCUGAUGGUAGCUCAAGUUAUGUUUCGGGUGCAACUAGUGGGGCUGCAAUCAAUUCCAAUCAACAUGAAGUGACUGGAAAUGAAGACAACGACAAUGUAUUCUCGGACAGUGAUGGAGAAGAGACUAGAGCUUCAAAGAACGGACGAGCUGGUGUUGGUUCUGGUUCUGGAGGGGAAUCAGCAGCGUAUGGAGGAGGAUAUAAAAGCAGGGCAGAGAGUGUAUCGGAAGGAACUGGACAGUUGUCUCCGAACAGUAAGGAAACAAGUAAAGAAGCAAAUGUUGAUGGGAGUAAACAACCUGCAUCACCGCAGAUUCCACAUAUAGAUUCUGUGGGGGCAAGUGAUAUCAAGGCAAUAGCUGCUGAUGCUUCAGUUUUCAGCUUUGGGGAUGAUGAAGAUUAUGAAAGUGAAUGAAGCCUAUAUCUGUCUGAGAAACACUUGUAACAUGCAUAAGCUCCUCAUUAACAAAAUGAUUUGAUUUUUGGGGAAUUUGUUCAUUAAAUUUAUCACUUUUUUUUUCCUUUAUGUUCACAUAACAAGACACAAAUUUCCAUAUGACUCUCUCUCCCCCACCUAGCAUCGAAGGUAUCAUGGUUACUGAAAUUCAAGCUUAUGUGAAGGUUUUUUUUUCUCUCCA